AUGUCUGGGGAGACGGGGCCAAUUAAGGUGUCGAUGGCAGUGGCCAUGGUGAUUUCGGGUUUCUUCGCCGUCGCCAUAUUCUACAGCGUGGAGAUUUUCAUCUGGACCCUCAUCAAAUUCAAGCGCAGGAAGAGCUUAUACUUCUGGAGCCUGGUGGUUGCUUCGCUCGGUAUAGCCGUCCAUUCUGUCGCCGUAUUUUUGCGUUACUUCGCCCUCGCGCCAAACGUUCUCAUGUGCGUCUUCACGCUCAUCGGCUGGUGGGCUAUGGUUACUGGCCAAUCCCUCGUAAUGUACUCGCGCCUAUAUCUCGCCGUGCGCAACCGGCGGAAGAUCAGAUGGGUACUAGUUAUGAUUGUCGCCAAUGUCUUCGUGUUGCACAUUCCGGUAUCGAUUCUCUUUCUCGCCAGUAAUAUCACACACUCGACACAGUUCAUCAACGCCUUUAAUAUCUAUGAGAGGAUCCAGCUGAUCGGCUUCUCCAUCCAAGAGUCCAUCAUCUCAGGCUUGUAUGUGUGGGAGGCCACGCAUGGGCUCAAACCCCUUAUGGAUAUGAAAGGACGCGAGGGAAAAAGGAUGAUACACCAUUUGAUUAUUCUAUUCGUCAUCGUUGUUUUGUUAGAUAUCAGCCUCAUCGUAACGGAGUUUACCAACAAUUUUGACAUUCAAACAACGUACAAACCCGUUGUCUAUAGCAUAAAGCUCAAGUUCGAGUUUAUCAUCCUCAACGAGCUGAUUAUGUUAACCCGGAUAGACAUAUGUACCUGUCACCGCCCGGAAGAUAUCCUUGAAAGGGACCACUCUCAGCUCGUUUCCGGCGCUACGCCGACCAACGAUACCCUCAUGCACGAUGGAGAUGAUACAAUUAUGCCCUUUCUUUAUGCGUGGUGUCGUAGUCAGCGGACACGUCACAACGCCGACUUCACCGAUUUCCUAGCGUCUACGACCCCUAAGAAACUAAGCCACAAUUGA